CUCCGAUCGGUCACGUGGUCCCGCACCUCCCCGGCGCGCGCCCGCCCGCCAGCCCGCUCGCCCCCGUCUCCUCCUCCUCUUCUCGCCAUUGCAGUUGGACUCAGCUGCCCGGCGCACACCGCGUGGCUUUUGGGGGGAGACCCCGGUGGGCUGUGGCAGGAGGGAGGAGGCAGCGGCAGCUGCUGUCGGGGAAGGGGACGCCGAGAAGGCAUGGUGACACAUGCCUGUAACCCCAGCACGUGGGAGGCUGAGGCAGAAGGAUCACUGCAAGUUCGAAGCCAGCCUGGAUUACACAAUAGUUGAAGUAUUGGUAACAACAAGGAAAUCUGUCACAGUUUGAAAAGCUAAGCAAAAGUUUGAUUUCCAGACACUACAGAGAAAAGUGAAAAUGUUACUUGCGGUCCACCGCAGUCUGGAAAUAUUAAGUGGAAAUUCCAGAAAUAAGCAAUUGAUAAAUUGUAAAUUGCGCCCGAUCCCCAUGCCUGCGUCAUUCACCUCACUUCAUCUCAUCACGUAGGCAUUGUACCAUCACCACUUCACCACGAGAGGAAGAAGGCGUCCAAUGCGGAUUUUUGUGAAUGAUGAUCGCCACGUGAUGGCAAAGCAUUCUUCGGUGUAUCCAACACAAGAGGAACUGGAGGCAGUGCAGAACAUGGUAUCCCACACCGAGAGGGCUCUCAAAGCUGUGUCUGACUGGAUCGACGAGCAAGAAAAAGGCAACAGCGAGCAGGCCGAGUCUGACAACAUGGAUGUGCCCGCGGAUGAUGAGAGCAAAGAAGGGGCCGGGGAACAGAAGGCAGAACACAUGACCAGGACCCUGCGGGGCGUGAUGCGGGUUGGCCUGGUGGCAAAGGGCCUUCUGCUGAAGGGGGACUUGGAUCUAGAGCUGGUGCUGCUAUGUAAGGAGAAGCCCACAACUGCCCUCCUGGACAAGGUGGCUGACAACCUGGCCAUCCAGCUUGCUGCUGUAACAGAAGACAAGUACGAAAUACUCCAGUCUGUGGAUGAUGCUGCAAUUGUGAUAAAAAAUACAAAAGAGCCCCCGCUGUCUCUGACCAUUCACCUAACAUCCCCCGUUGUCAGAGAAGAGAUGGAGAAGGUGCUAGCUGGAGAAACGCUAUCAGUCAACGACCCCCCGGACGUUCUGGACAGGCAGAAAUGCCUUGCUGCCUUGGCGUCCCUCCGACACGCCAAGUGGUUCCAGGCCAGGGCCAACGGGCUGAAGUCCUGUGUCAUUGUUAUCCGGGUCCUGAGGGACCUGUGUACCCGUGUGCCCACCUGGGGUCCCCUCAGAGGAUGGCCCCUGGAGCUCCUGUGUGAGAAGUCCAUCGGCACAGCCAACAGGCCGAUGGGCGCUGGCGAGGCCCUGCGGAGAGUGCUGGAGUGCCUGGCGUCCGGCAUCGUGAUGCCAGAUGGUUCUGGCAUUUAUGACCCUUGUGAAAAAGAAGCCACUGAUGCUAUUGGGCAUCUAGACAGACAGCAACGGGAAGAUAUCACACAGAGUGCGCAGCAUGCACUGCGGCUCGCUGCCUUUGGCCAGCUCCACAAAGUCCUGGGCAUGGACCCCCUGCCUUCCAAGAUGCCCAAGAAACCAAAGAACGAGAAUCCAGUGGACUACAUCGUUCAAAUCCCUCCCAGCACCACCUAUGCCAUUACCCCCAUGAAACGCCCAAUGGAGGAGGACGGUGAAGAAAAGUCCCCCAGCAAGAAGAAGAAGAAGAUUCAAAAGAAAGAGGAGAAGGCUGAGCCUCCCCAGGCCAUGAAUGCACUGAUGCGUUUGAACCAGCUGAAGCCGGGGCUGCAGUAUAAGCUGGUCUCCCAGACAGGCCCUGUGCACGCCCCCAUCUUCACCAUGUCUGUGGAAGUGGAUGGCAGCUCAUUUGAGGCCUCAGGGCCCUCCAAGAAGACCGCCAAGCUGCACGUGGCUGUUAAGGUGUUACAGGACAUGGGCUUGCCGACAGGUGCUGAAGGCAGGGAUUCCAGCAAGGGGGAGGACUCUGCUGAGGAAACGGAGGCAAAGCCUGCUGUGGCGGUCCCGCCCCCCGUGGUAGAAGCUGUGUCGACCCCCAGCGCCACCUUCUCCUCGGAUGCCACCACUGAGAACGUAAAACAGCAGGGGCCGAUCCUGACUAAGCAUGGCAAGAACCCGGUUAUGGAACUGAAUGAGAAGAGGCGAGGCCUCAAGUACGAGCUCAUCUCUGAGACCGGAGGCAGCCAUGACAAGCGCUUCGUCAUGGAGGUCGAGGUUGACGGACAGAAGUUCCAAGGUGCUGGUUCAAACAAGAAAGUAGCAAAGGCAUAUGCUGCUCUUGCUGCACUUGAAAAGCUUUUCCCUGAUGCCCCUCUUGCCCUCGAUGCCAACAAAAAGAAGAGAGCACCAGUUCCUGUCCGAGGCGGACCAAAAUUUGCUGCCAAGCCCCACAACCCGGGCUUCGGGAUGGGCGGCCCCAUGCACAAUGAGGCGCCCCCGCCCCCCAACCUCCGAGGGCGGGGGCGAGGUGGCAGCAUCCGAGGGCGAGGCCGGGGCCGAGGAUUUGGGGGCGCCAACCACGGAGGCUACAUGAAUUCUGGCGCCGGGUACGGAAGUUAUGGGUACGGCGGCAGCUCUGCGACUGCAGGCUAUAGUCAGUUCUACAGCAACGGAGGGCAUUCUGGGAAUGCUGGUGGUGGCGGCGGCGGGGGCGGUGGUGGCUCUUCCGGCUAUGGCUCCUACUACCAAGGGGACAACUACAACUCACCGGUACCCCCAAAACACACUGGGAAGAAGCCGCCACAUGGGGCCCAGCAGAAGCCAUCUUACGGCUCAGGCUACCAGUCCCACCAGGGUCAGCAGCAGUCCUACAACCAGAGCCAGUACGGCAACUAUGGCCCACCACAGGGCAAGCAGAAGGGCUACAACCACGGGCAAGGCAACUACUCCUACUCAAACUCGUACAGCUCGCCGGGAGGCGGGGGCGGCUCAGACUACAGCUACGAGAGCAAAUUCAACUACAGUGGUAGUGGAGGCCGAAGCGGUGGGAACAGCUACGGCUCAGGCGGGUCAUCCUACAACCCAGGGUCCCACGGGGGCUACGGCGGAGGUUCUGGGGGCGGCUCCUCAUACCAAGGCAAACAAGGAGGCUACUCUUCACAGUCGAACUACAACUCCCCGGGCUCUGGCCAGAACUACAGCGGCCCUCCCGGCUCCUACCAGUCCUCACAGGGUGGGUAUAGCAGGAACGCAGACCACAGCAUGAACUACCAGUACAGAUAAAGCCCUGCGUGGGCUGUGGCCUCCGCCUCCUGCACUUCCGCCCGCCCGCCAGAAGAUUCAGUUCGACACAUCACAGUUACCACGUCAGCCAGCCGGCCCUCCAGGCGCCCCACCCGUCCACGUUGCUGUGUUGUGAGGUGCAGCGGCCCCGGGCCGUGCUGUGACCCCUGUUUAGCCGUGUUUGGGACUCCGUGUCUUCAAUGGUUUGUUAGUUGCCAUUACAGCCUCGUCUGGGUAGAGUUUGAGUUCUUUACCGUUCAGUAUCCCUCUGUCUAUUUACACUUGGUGUUAACGUUGACUCGUUUGUCUUGAAAUAGUCAUGGAAGGGAUACGUCAUCUGUUAAUGCUUUUGUGAAGUGAGUUAAAUGAGCUUUCUGUAUUUUAAUGCUUUAGUGUUUCAGUUUUAUAAGUGAAGAUUUUAUUUUAAAAACCAGUGGGAAAGAGUGGGGAUUUUUGUACGUCUGGGUCAUUCAGGCAGUAUAUCUGAGUUCAGCUGAAUGUAGACAAAUAAAGAAAAAGUAAAGUGCGUGCGCCUCAGGCCUGCGUGUCUGACCUUCCAGCCGGGCUGUUCCUGCCCUCAGAAAGUGAGGUGAGGAUGGCAGAAUGGCCCCUGGUCACCAGAGAGGGGCUACCUCCCGACAUCUUUUCCUGCCAGGGCGGCUCCACCUAGGCAUCUUGGCACCAGCUCCUAGGGGUGUCAGGGAGGUCCGAAGUGGCCCUCACUGGCCUUUGGGGUGGGAUCCAAAACUGCAGCUCCACCUCAUUUCGCCUCCAGGAGUUCUGGUGUCAUUUGUCAUUUGUAGUGUAAUCUCACAUUGUGAGAUUGUGAGCCACUGCUCUGGUGGCAGGCCUAGCUCACUUGGAAUAGUGCAGAGGAGAGCCUGGUGAUGUAAGCCCAGACCUGGUCCAGCUGUGCAGGGAGGGCUGGCAGCGCUGUCGCCCGCAGGACACCACAGCCCGAGCCUCGAAGAGCCUCAGGUGGAGAGGUUGGGCUCUUUCCAUCUCCGGGUACCUGGACUGAGUAGCAGACUUCCUGGAGCUGAGAUUCCACCUCCCGGGGCAGCGCUGCAGUGUUGGGGACCAGAGCGUGCUCCUGGCUUCUGAAGGGUAGAGGCCCAGGCGGCUGCCCGAUGUGCAGCAUGAAGAACAGCGCCUCACUGCAGGAACUUUGUGGCAAAGCGUGGAGGAAACAGCUGAACCUUGGGCUGCACUGGCCUAGCCCAGCGAAAGGAGCAGUGGUGGCGGCAUCACUCUGCUGGCAUCUGUCUGGGAAGAGCCUGUGUGUCCUUGGCGCACACUGCCCCAGCUACCCCAACCUCCGAGACCUGGGCAGCUGCUGCUCUGCACCCUAGGCGCUCUUGGCCUCCCCACUGUGGUGACCUUGUGUGUCGGGAGAGGCAGGGACCGUGUACGAAGAACUCCUCUGCUACCACGGGGCAGGUGAAGACGCCUUGCUGAGGGAAGAGCUUGCACUGAAGCUCCGGAGGAUGAUGCGCUCCGCUACUGGGGAGAGGUGGGAAGAAGAGGUGGCCUACAGUGACGACGUUUGGGUGGCCGGUGGGUGCCACAGGACCCCCUCCAAGGCACAGUCAUGGAGGGAUGGGUCCCAACUCUGAUUUUGAUGAACUGAAUUUUUUUUUUUUGAUGAUGAUGAUGAUCUGCAAUUUCAUGAGUCUGUGAUGAAUUGUGAUGAGUCUGGUCCACCUGUGGAUACUUGGAGGGCCAGGACAAGAAGAGACUGGUACUGUGUUGGAAGCAAGAGGACACCAGAGUGGGUAGCCUGUGUCACUCGUGCACAGGGAAGAAUGAGAAAUGUCUACAUGACUCCCUGGCCAAGCGCUGCCCAGCAGCUGUCGUCCGCACCAGCUUUCCCUUAAAACAGCAUUCCUGAGUCACCCUCACGUUCAACCAACUGCAGCCCCAACCUGAGGGCUCCCACCCACCCGGUCUUCCAGGCAUCGAAGAGCUGGGGAGUAUGGCAUCCUUGGCAUCCUGAGCUGGUUUGGGGACCUCACUGGUGCUGAGGGUCCUGCAUUGUCCCAGCCCUCUGGACCUGCCAGGCCAGCAAGCUGGGGAGCUUUUCUGCCUCUACCAGGAGCAGCUGGCAAGAGUGGGUUUGCAGUGGAGGCUCCUUGGCCAAGGUCAGGGUGGUUUAGGUAGAUGGUGUCCUGUGCCUGGAGUCACCGCAGAGGCCCCAGGAGGGGCCUGGGAAGAGCUCCAGGGUGGGGCUGCACUCACCACAGAAGGCACAGGAUGGAUGCCUGGGAGCAGAGGAGGGGGAGAGAAGACCAGCGGUCUCUAGCUGAGGUGAUGUUAGGGACGGGGAGCAAAUGAUGUGUAUGUGACAUGACAGAGGGCACAGGGUUUCCAACUCCCUGGUUAAGCAGUGCCCGUGGGACCCUGAUGGACUUCCGGGCCAGGGGUCCCGGACCCGACCUGGGAGUCCUCGCCCAGUGGCCUGAUGAGCCUCUGCUGUGGCUGGGGAGUGGCAUUUCCUCUACAGUGCUGACCCUUGUGCCACUGGCAGGACCUGGCCCUCAGAAGUCACCCGGGCCUGACUGCAGCCAGUGUCGGGCUCCACGUUCACUUGCACUUCACUUGCGCCUGAGACCUCUGGACACGGCAACAACGCAGCAGGCCUUAGGCUCAGAUGCUUCCUCUAACCCAUCCCAUAAUAAACACUUAUGUGUGUGUCUCA